AUGUUAUGGUAUUCCACUGGCUUCACCAGUGUGCAUGGGGACAAGCCAUCUGCUGAGUAUGCAAAGCUUAGGAGAGAAUCAUUAGAAAGUGAAUUUGGGCUUGCUCUUGGAACUUAUGGCUCCAAAACUUUCUCCACUGUCUAUCGUUUUGGCCCAUUUCUGGCUUUGUACAGGGCAGCUAUUAUUUCAUUUCAUGUGUUCAGGCUAGCAUUUUGGCAGCUUUUUGUUCAAGACAUAGAAAAGCGUGCAAUCAAGUUUCGCAAAACUCUAAUACGCUUGGGUCCCUUCUACGUUAAGCUUGGCCAGGCUUUGAGCACGAGGCCUGACAUACUACCAACUAUAUACUGCCAAGAACUUGCUAAGCUACAGGAUCAAAUACCCCCAUUUUCAACUCAUAUUGCCAUUAGAUCUAUAGAAACCCAGCUAGGUGCCCCUGUUUCCGAGAUCUUUAGUGACAUUAGCCCAGAGCCUAUUGCAGCAGCAUCCUUAGGGCAAGUUUAUAAAGCUCACCUGCAUUCUGGAGAGCUAGUGGCUGUAAAAGUACAGAGACCUGGUAUGUCACUUUCAUUAACCCUCGAUGCCUUGUUGUUCCAUAUGAUUGGUGGUCAACUAAAGCGAUUUGCCAAGGCUCGUAGAGAUCUUAUUGUAGCAGUGAAUGAGAUAGUGAGUACCUUCACUCCAGAGUACUCAGACAUCUUGGUUGCUUUUGUAUGACAUGUUUUCACUUAUCAAAACCAACAUUAAAAUUCCACUUCUAAAUAUAACUUAUUAUCACCCAACUCCUAUCUAGACCCUCGUUUGUUUAAAUUGAAUUUGUGUUAGACAA